GGGGCGGGGGCGGGGGCGGGGCCCGGGUCCUUUGCUACUAGACCCGCUGGACAGACAGACUGUCCGCUUGGAGGCGAACUCCACGCCCGACACGAUGCGGCAGCCUGGCUUCAGAGGCCGCCGCCCCUUCCUGCUAGUGCUGCUGCUACCGCUCCUCGCAGCUGCCGCCACCACUGCUUCCACCGUCAGCCCCGGCGAAGCCGUCGAGGUUGCAGGGACCCCAGGCCCACCGGCCGGUGCUGCUGCUUGUCGCUGCUGUCCCAGCCGAUCACCCAGGAGAAGCCGCUGCUUCAGAGCUCCCUGCAGGGUCCGGAGCUGCCCACUGGCAAACUGUGAGCGUGAAAAGUGUCCGACCUCAGUGUCCCCCGGGCUUCCCAGCCCCAGCCCCAGUCCCAGUGUGCAGAAGAGACAGGUGUCGCUUAACUGGCAGCUGCUGACGCUGCAGGAGGCCCAAGCUCUGCUGAGGCGACGGCGGCCCGGCCGGCCCGGUGGCUGGUCGCUGCUGAGAAAGAGGCCCCCACAGCGAGCCCCUGCUGGCCAGGCCCCGGGUAAGAACAUCCGCCAUUCCUGCGCCAGGGGGUAGGGGAGGCGGGAGGGGGGGUUCCGGGCCAGAUAAAGCUGUCUGGUUCCCACGGUCCAGUCGCGGCUUAGUCUCCCCCAUUGUA